AUGGGACAUACGAAGCCAGUCAAAAAAAUUAUGUCAUACCACGACCAAGUGGAAACAGUACAGAAAGAGUCAUCGUCGUUUCUCAAGGACUUAAAAACAGUCCCGCAAAAGGAAUCUGCUGUCAAAAAUUACGUUAAAAAGCUCGAAAAAGUCUUGACGCCACUCUAUUCCUCUCUCAACAUUCAAAUCAAAAUUGAAACAGCGGAGGAUCAGAUUGCGAUGCUUGAUUGUCUCUUUUCCAUUUGGAGAGUGUUACUUGAUUGCCUUUCUAAACUGGACCACCUCGUUCUCCCUUCGAUAUUCUUCAAAUUUGUGAUUCUCCUUAUAAAUAGAAGAGAAAUUCAACCCCAUCACCUUAUCGUAAAUAAUCCGAUGGUGAAUGCGACAAACAAACCACAAUACUACAAAGCAGGUUCUGAAUUACGUAAACUGUUAUAUGAAACAUUUUACACAAUUUCAGAUGUGUUAUUGUCAAAGCACUUGGUCUUGUUAGCUUCAAUGGAGUUAUGUCUUAAAGUUGACCCAAAGAAAACACGCGACGCUUCUGACAAGUCCACAGAGAGGUCAUCCACCCUCAACAUUAAAGUUAAAGAUUUUCAGAACACAAAAAUUAAUUUAAACGUCGACACUUUUGUACAACUUGAAGAGACUCUCCAAGUAACCGCAACACCUUUAGAAGAGGCAUCCGACUCUUUAGAAGCCAGUUUGAAAGUAGCUGAAGGCACUUCACUUUCAACAAACGAGAACAGAAGACAGUCCGUCUUAUCCCGUGUUAUAGCAAGUCCCAUGCAAGAAAUAAGUCAAAUAGAACAGCCAAAGAAGAGUCGCCACUUCUCGAGUAAGAUAUCCGACUCUUCGAUGCAAGAAGACGAAUUUUUUUGUGAAAAUGAUGUUUCGCCCGCCUUUAUUCAAUUCUUCCCACAAGUCCUUGCGUUCCUCUUUUUCCAAAUUCCCGAGUUUCGAGAGGAUUUGUUAGAAUUAGUGAAAUUACCACAAAAUUUCAAAGCAGUGCAAUUUUCAAAAUGUUUUGAUGACGAAGAAAGACAAGAUGUUCUUGCCCAAUUCCCUCGCAUUUUUGGCUUCGAUCCAAUGCACCUAAUGCUCAAACAAAAAUCAAAUGAUAUUUCAGAGCGAAUGCGAACAUUAGAUAAGCGGUGGAUGCAAGUGUUGUUACCAAAGAGUGAUGUCUUUAUGGCAUUCUAUUUCCACUACACCAAAUUCAUUUAUUUCACCGUGAAAGAGAGCGACGAAUUCGUGGACUACGGCGAAAUAUUUGGCCUCUCGACUUUUGUGUCUGUGUAUAUCUACCAACGGCUGUACACCCCCACAAAUCAUUCCGUUGUGAUAUUAAGAGAGAAUGAUAAAAGAAGUUUAUUAUUAGAUCAUCCAACGGUUAUCAAUUACAUGAUUCGUUCACAAUUGAACCAGACAAAUUUGUUCUCUUUUUCUGAUUGCGACUGGUCUGUUUUCCAAAUAUGCAAAUGGCUCAAUUUGUUAGUAGAACACAAGCGAUAUGUGACGGACACUUUCUGCAUCGACUACCUGAUAUCUUCACUCGAUAAAAUGUUCCAAUUGGACAACCACAAGUUGAUCAUUUCUAUUUUCAAGUCCCUUUUCUCCACUUCUCCCUUCUUCGUGGGAAAGUUCAGAAUUAAGUUCUUCCAGACGUUCUUCCUUGAAAAGUACUUCUACACAUUUUUCUGCCACUGGAACUCCACGGUGAGACAAUUUUUCCAUCAUUUCUUAUUGUAUCGAUUCGUCUUAUUAAGGCGUUCCCACAUGAACUGGGCCAAGUAUGACAAGGUGGAGUCAAGUCUCAUCAAAAAGUGUGCAAAACGCGGCACAAACUUAGAAGCAACUGACCGUGCUAUAUCUCAAGCCAUAGAUAAUUAUGUCGCAUCCGUACGAAAAAUUUGUGACGAUCCUGAACAGUCUUCUUUACGAUGUCAUAUUUAUUACCAUUAUGCACUCGACGAAUAUGACACCGCUUUAAAAUUAUACAACGAGUGGGACAAAUCAAACACUCAAGAUAUACCCAAGAUAAAGAGUAACUUCAACGAACUUGAUCUUGAAGGACUGAAUUAA